AUGAUAAUUUAUUUUUUGUUAUCAAGUGUUUUAGGAUCUCAUAUUUAUCCUAUAUCUUAAAUGCAAAUAACACAUAAUUUUCAUUUAGAAUAUGAAUCAGGUUCUUUAAUAGUUGAUUUAAAUUCAGAAUUGAGUUAUUUAGAUAGAGUAGGAGAUACAAUAAGAUGUAAUUCAGCACCUUUUGGUGAGAUGAUAAAAUGUAUGGAUUGUUCUCCAGAUUGUAUAAUGUAGGAGGGCGCAUUACUGUAAUCAGAGAUAAGAUUAAUAGAUAUAUUUAAUGAAGAAGAGUCAGAACCAAUAAUUUACAUAAGUAAGAAUGAAUCAGAAACAUUGGGAUUAGGAUUAUAGAGAGGAUGUAUGUGUAUGCAUAAAUAUAGAAGCUAAGUAUGCUUAGAAUCCAUUUGUAUCAAAUGUAUUUCAUAUUUGUUUUGGUUAUACAAGAGGAUUCAUUACAAGGGAAUUUAAGAAUGCAAAUUAGAGUUAAUUAUAGUAUAGGGGAGAGUAGUCAAAUUAUUAAGUGGAUAUGAGGAUGAUAAAAAUAAAUGAUGAGAUGAUAAUAGAUACAAGUGGGAAUGUGACAUAUAUAGAUAGUAAGGAACCAUUUAUUUUAUUACCGGAAAUUGAAUACAUAAAGAUGAGAGAUUAUUUGAAAGAGUAUGGAGUAGAAGAAGUAGUGGAUAAGAUAGGUGAUAAGAAAGUCUAGUAUUUGAUAGUGAAGGAUAAAUCAAGAGGAUUACCAACAAUAGAGUUGUUAUUUGAAUAGAAGGAGAGAAUAAAAUUAGAGAGUGAUGCUUAUUCUUAUUAAUUGGAAGAUGGGAGAUAGCUUGUUACUUUUUAAAGAUCAAAAAUAAAUCGUAUAAGAUUGGGCAUUCCAUUCUUAACUUAGCAAUUGAUUACUAUUGAUUAAAACAAUUAGAAAUUAUUCAUCUCUUAAUAUAAUUGUUAAGAUUAAUUUAGGUAACCAUAAUAGAAUAGUGUUUAUUUUAAGCAUAUAAUAAUUCCAUUUAUUUUAUGUUGUUUAGCUGUUUAUUGUGUUUUAACUUAAAAAGUUAAAGGUAUAGUGAAGAAAAGGUAAUUAGAAUAAUAAGAAUUAGUCAAAUUAAAAGAAGAAGAAGAAGAAGAAUAAAUUUGA